CUUGUUUCCCAAAUGAGCCUCUAGAUCAUUUUUAACAUUCUUUCACUCUGGAGUAUGUGGUACAUGCUUGGACCACAUUUUCUUUGUCUCUGCUGUCCUAUUAGCCAAUGAAACAACAAUAACUUCAAAAUCUCCACAAAAUUUCCAAACAGUAUUUAAUUUUUAUCAAAAAGCAACUUCAUGUUUUUGUUUUAAGUCUCUUUUCAUAUCAUAACCAUGGACAACCGGUAUUAAAGGAUGUGUACCAGAAGGCAUUCUGGUUUAGCCCAACAAAAAAAAGUAUAAAUUAAUAAAAAUCUCGAAGUACGGUCCUGUCGUGGUCAAUGAUUCUUUGCCGAGGUUUUUCUAUUCAACUCGUACAACUAACAACGUUAACUUCAGGUCAACAUCAACUUUUAAUCGAAAAAAAAAAUUAAUGUGCGUUAAAUUAGAUGUUUCGUUUUUUAAAUUCAACGCGUACGUAUUUUUUUACAGAAAAAUAUUUAUAAUAAGAAAAUUGUAUUCGUUUAGAAUUAGUAUUAAGCCAUCUGGAAAUCAAUGUGUGAACUAAUAUUCAUUACGUACAAGUGAUUUGUUUGCAGUAUCGAACAGAAAUCAACGAUGAACGUACUGUUUUUACUAGUUUUAAUUUACUCGACGCAAGCGUUACCAGACGGCGCCCCCACGUCGGUAUGCGAUACCAUGACACCUUUCCACGGAAGUGGAAUACCAUUUCAGAGAUCUCUACCUCCGUACGCGGUGGUAACGAGGCUUCAAAACGACGUUGUGCAAGUUUCUAUCGGUUCAGCGCUCGGAAUCCAAUUCCAAGGGUUCAUGGUACAAGGUAGGACCCUCGACGGUGAUAUACUGGGUACGUUUCAACUACCGGGAGGUAUUCCAGCUCAUACUAUAGAUUGUAACAGAGCAGGAGAUACAGUUACCCACAAUAAAGCCAAUAAAACCGAUCAACUCGAUUUUAUUUGGGUACCCCCUGCUGGGUAUGAAGGCGACGUCGUAUUUAAUUCGACCAUAGCACAGGACUAUAGUCAUUUUUGGGUUGGUAUUACAUCCCCGCCCGUUCGAAUCAGACGUAGAUCCGUACCUGUGGAUUCUUUUUAUGAGGGAUGCGGAGUCACUAAAUAUUGUUAUGGAGCUCCAAUCGAUUGCGUUUUUAGUGAAAAUUGUAAAGUCGCGGUUGCGGUUACAUCCGUUGGAGACGCUUUCGAUUUCGAAUUAAAGGCCAACGGGAAUCCUGUAUGGGUAGGCGUGGGAUUAUCAGAUGAUGCGAAAAUGGGCGACGAUUCCGUUGUGGAAUGCGUUAAAGACAACGGAAGGAUAAGCGCCUUCAUGUCUUGGACUGGGACUAACCCUUACAGAGCUACCAGAUUGGAUGACCCUCAACAAGGAAUUAACUUACUUAACGCAAGUUCUAAAGGUGACGAACUUUACUGUAAAGUUAGAAGAAAUACUAUUACCAAUAUCAAAGGUAACGUAUUCGAUUUGAGACGAAAUUCCUUCCACGUUUUAGUGGCGUCCGGAAGCGAAUUAAAACCGAAUUCCGUGGGUUUUCACAAUUUAGAGUUUCUCGCCAGUCCGGAUCCUCAAGUUCUUUCCCCAAAUUCGCAAACGUUAUUUAACGAAAAUCCACACGUGGACACAACCACUCCUCCUUAUUUUUCACCACCAGCUACCAACGCGGCUUCCACGGAAUUCGAUCCCUUUUACCAAGGAUGCGAUUAUUACAAAUUGUGUUUUGGUCAUCCGAGAGGUUGCGAAAAAACUAGGAACUGCAAAGCGGUAACUGCGAUAACAGUGACAGGGGAUAAAUACGAUUUUGAGAUGAAAGCCGAUGGAAAUGCCGGUUGGGUUGGAGUUGGAUUAUCAGAUGAUUCUAAAAUGGGCGAUGAUUCUGUUAUAGAAUGUGUUAAAGACGGUAACGGACUUAGGACUUAUAUGUCUUGGACUAAUAAUCGUCCAUAUGGAGCUACUAGAUUGAAUAAUCCCCAACUCGGCAUCGAGCUACUCAAUUCCAGUAUGAUCGACGACUCUAUUUAUUGUAAAGUGAGAAGAAACGUCGUUACCAAUGUAAACGGAGUAAUUUUUGAUCUGGCGCGUGAUUCUUAUCACGUUCUGGUUGCUUCAGGAUCCCAAGUAAAACAGAAUGGUGUGGGUUACCACGAUUUGGUAUUUUCGGCUAGCGGAGAUAAACGAGCUCUAUCGGAUACAUCCGAAGUGAAAGCGGCUUCUAAAUUGCUCAUACAUCUUCAUGGAGCGUUCAUGUUAGUCGCGUGGAUAGGGACGACUUCAAUCGGUGUUUUGUUGGCGAGAUAUUUCAGACAAACUUGGGUUGGAAGUACUUUGAUGGGAAAAGAUAUCUGGUUCGCGUGGCAUAGGAUAUUCAUGGUAUCGACAUGGCUUUUGACUAUGGCAGCUUUCGUAAUCAUCUUCGUAGAAUUAAAAGCGUGGUCUUUAGAGAAGAAUCCGCACGCUAUCCUAGGUACCGUCACGACGAUUUUGUGUUUAUUCCAACCGAUCGGAGCGUACUUUAGACCUCAUCCUGGUACUACUUAUAGACCGCUCUUCAAUUGGGCUCAUUGGUUAGCAGGAAACGCCGCCCAUAUUAUAGGAAUUGUCGCUAUAUUUUUUGCCGUUCGACUCACAAAAGCCGAGUUACCAGAAGAAGUUGAUUACAUUUUAGUAGCAUACGUCAUAGUUCACGUGGUGACGCACUUAAUACUAUCGCUGUUAUACUGUGUUUCGGAAAAAUCAUCAGACAGUCGAGUAUCUUCUUUUCCAAUGAAAGAUCUUGGAGGUACUGGAAGAAAUUCCCUUUAUAAUGAAAGGAGUUUAGAUGCAAGGUUUUCUUCAAGCAGAAAAGUCAUACUGGGAUUGUACAUCGUUAUAAUAGUGAUUCUAGUCGUAGCUUUAGUACUCAUCACUAUAUAUGCACCAAAAUGGCCGUUCGUAAACGCCUAAAUUCGAAAUUAUAAUUUCGAAUUUUGAUAGUGUGCCAGUUUCGUAAACAAAACUGAUAUUUAUAUAAAAAAAACUCACCCUUAAUGUCUUAAUUAAUGAAUGUAUAUUGGUAGCUGAUUUCACUUUCACAACGCUAUAUAUUUCUGAGAUACAAGAUCUUUUUGAUAGGAUGUGUUCACCUAGUCAAAGCCACUUUUGAAACCCAUAUUUUCACAAUUUAAAAGUUUGAAACUUGAAAUUAGUUAAAAAAUUGCAAAAACUGCUUUAGGUGGGAUUAUUUUGGACAGAUGGAAAAACCAUUUGACGUGGUAGUAUCGGUAAAACAUAGUCAGGUCAACAACCUUUCUUCGGUGCUCUGAACUAUCCAUUUUUCUGAUCAACUCUGGAUACCUUAUAAGUCCAAUUGAUCUCUUCUGUAUUGAGUCGAGCAUCCUCGAGGUAUACUAGGGAGUCCUAGCUCCAAAAGUGCGAGAAAUACUCUAAAUGUGUACCAAUCUCUGCUUUGAUUGAGGACUAGAAGCUGUUACUACAUCUUACUUCGAAUCUCAACAGCUCACAAGCAAUUUCGCAAACCUUCUGUAUAAACUUAGUAUCUUGUGUCUUUGUUGCAUUGAACUAAAUCAGAUUGCUUCUAGCCCCACUCUCAAAUGUUUUCUAGAUCAAUAUCAUUGAUCUGGAUGGAUCAGUCAUUGAGAAAGCUGCUGAUCCAGUUGAUAGCUAAAGACGACAAACCGUAUAAUGUUAAUUUAAUUAGAAAAGUUGUCAUGUUAGACCAUGUCAAAAGCCAUCGAUAUAUCCUAGUUGGUGACAUAGGCCAGGAUUGAUCUAUGUUCUGUUAAACGACUUUCUCUAUGACCUUGAUAAUCGUUGGGACUAAAGGGAUCGGAUGGUAGUUGUUGUGAAUCGUUUUUUUUUUGUAUGGGCUGAACCUGGGCAAGUUUCCGAUCUGUAGGGAAGAGACUUCUUUUAUAUGAUGAAGAAAAGAAUUUGCAUAGCGGAUCUGCUAGUUCAACAGGUCCAUUGAUGAAAAGAAUUUGCAUAGAGGAUCUGUUAGUUCAACUGGUCCAUCUUGUCUACAACUGAUCCAUUUGGUCCAGAGGCUUUAUUGAUGACUAAGGUCAAUUGUUACUUAUUAUGAACUCAAUUUUCAAGUUUGCAUCUCAAAAUAUAUAGAGCUUUCGAGGAGCAGUAUUUAUUAAAAUGUUUCAAAGAGAUCAUCUUUUUUCAUUUAAUAUAAUUUUAUAAAUCGUAUUCACGUAUCUAAAACUGGUGUCUAACAUUUUUAAUGUUUAGUUAGUAGUAAUUUCGGUUUUCAAAGUGAGUUUAUUAAAAAUAUGGUUCUUGUGGAGACUAUUGCACUAAUUUAGAGCGUUAAAAUCAGAAAAGAAAUUUCAUUAGAACGAUGAGUCAAAUUUUUCAACCAAACUGUAAAUUUUUGAUUUAUGAUCGAUUUUUAUUCGAUCAUCUGUAUUCGAUAUUAUCGAUUGUUGAUUUAAAAUAUAUAUAUUAAAUAUAAGACUGGGACUUAUCUAUGGAAAUCCGGGAUGGUUGCAGCCCUCAACUGAAUUCCCAGUUGUUGGAGUUGAGUUUAAUUUGUUUGUCUUUUAAGUGUGGUUGAAAUUCCAACUUGACAGCUGUAGAACUGCGGGAAAAAAAUAAAA